AUGGCAGAAACCACCAUUGUCUGCCACUUGCAGAAGCCCGCCACAUCCGUAAUUCAAGAAACAGAACCAGACCAUGGCCGGAAGCAGCCGCAGCGCAAAAGAUUCGCGCCCCGGACCAGGACCGGCUGUCUCACAUGUCGCGCCCGCCGCGUCAAAUGCGACGAGGCUCGGCCCGCUUGCCAGCGCUGCGUCAGUUCCUGGCGCCCUUGCCAGGGCUACCGCCUGCCCCCCGCGCCCCCGUCGUUGGCGGCGGACACGCGUCUGCAGCCGACGCCCGUUGUGCCGACCGCCGCCGAGCACGUCUUGGGGCGGUAUUUUCUCGCUGAAAUCUCCGCCUUUGCGACCGACGAGUUCAACACGACGUUUUGGCGUCGCGACGUGCCGCAGGUCGCCCGCGCCGUGCCCGCUGUCUGGCACGCCACCAACGCCCUGGCCGGCGCCGCCUGGGCCCGCAGCCCCCGCGCCGGCUUGGAGCCGGACGCCGCCGCGCUCGUCGAUCGCGAGGGCGCGCGGCAAUACUCGGCGGCGGUGAGGCAUAUCCUGCAGACGACGGCGACGCCGGCGCUGGCACUGGCGGAGCCGCAGAGGCCGGAGCCGCGCGACCAGACAACCGUGCUGCUGGCGAGCAUAUUGCUCGCCAGCUAUGCGGUAAGUGUAGGUGAAAAGGCCGUCUUUGUGGCGCUCUUUGAGACGAGUCGCCGGCUGGUCAUGCAGUGGGCGUUUUGGGAGUGCUUGGAUGUGCCGUCGGUGUCGGCGCUGGCUACACAGAUACUCUACGUAUACGUCAAGACGGAGCGCGUCGCGCAAGAAUUUCACCUCGAGACGGCGGCCGCCGAGCCGGACGCUAGUAGCCCUCGGCGACCAUCGCGAUCGAGCGAGCCUUUGCCGAUGCUCCGGUGGCGCGACGCCCUGGCCGCGCUGCAGCGGCAGCCUCUGACCUCGGCGCUCCGUGCAUGCCUUGAGCUGGACAUGGUGUGGAACAGCGUGCACGACAUUUUCGACGCGUUCCCAUUCACGUCCACCACCGACGACGUCACGACCGCCUACACCCAGCGGCACGCCUUUGCGCCGCUAUUCGAGGCGUGGGAGGCGCGAUACGCAACCUUUACCAGACGCGUGCGCACUCGCACCCACCGACGCGCCGUCGACAUUGACAUAGCCGCGCUGGACCUGCGCCGCAUGCUCGUCCGCGUGCUGCUGCGCGUGCCCAUCGGCCGCUGCCGGCCGUGCUGGAGCGAGACGUGCUGGGACCCGUUUGUGCGCGACUUUGCAGCGGCCUUGACGUGUCUCGAGGCCGCGCUGGCGCCCGCAGCCGCGGCCGCGGCCGCGGUGGAGAAUAAGACGGAUAUGCUGUCGACGCCGAGCAUCUACGCGAGCUGCAACUUUAUCGUGCAAAAGUGCCGCGCGCCGGGGCUGAGGCGCAAAGCGGCGGCGGUGCUGCGCAGCUCGCUCGUGGCGACGCUGGGCAUGGGGCAGGAUGAGGUCGGAAAGAGGCAGCAUCUGCCGCUGAUUGUCGAUCGGCUGAUGCUGGUGGAGGAGAGCGCGUGGGACGGCAAUACUGGUGGUGAAUGCUAA